AUGCUUUCCCAUCUUCGACAGUCGCCAUCGCCAUCGCCAUCGAUCCUCGCCCUCAGCCUCACCUUCCUGUCAUCAUGGCUCCCCAUGGUUUCCGCUGCAUCAUCGAAGAGUGCGGCUGACUACUACAUCCACGACCUCCCCGGUGCACCCGCUGAGCCGCGUCUGGACAUGUACUCGGGUCACAUCGAGGUCGACGCCGAGCAUCAGGGAAAUCYCUUCUUUUGGCUCGUCAAGAACAGACAUAUUGCAAAUCGCCAGCGGACAKUGCUCUGGUUCAAUGGGGGACCGGGCUGCAGCAGUAUGGACGGCGCGCUCAUGGAGGUGGGGCCCUAUCGCGUGCAGAAAGACGGAAAAUUGAAGCUGCAGGAUGGGUCGUGGGACGAAUUCGCAAAUGUAGUCUUCGUGGAUCAGCCAGUCGGGACGGGCUUCAGUUAUGCGGACACCAAUUCUUAUCCGCAUGAGAUGGAUACGGUGGCGGCGACAAUGGUCAACUUUUUGACAAGGUUCUACGAGAUCUUCCCCGAAUUGGAGCAUGACGAUAUCUUUAUUGCAGGCGAGUCAUAUGCUGGACAAUGGAUUCCAUAUGUCGCAGAUGCCAUGAUCAAACGCAACGCAAAGAACCCGAGCCGCCCAUGGAACGUUUCUGGCCUCCUGAUCGGCAAUGGAUGGAUAUCUGGAAUCGAUCAAUACACCUCAUACAUCCCUUUUGCCUACGAGACAGGCGUCAUGAAGCAAGGAAGUGAUGUGGCCGCAAUUGUGGCGAAGCAAGAGCAAAAGUGUCUCAAUGAGCUGUCUAAACCUGAAGCAAACGACCGCGUCGACAUCCCCGACUGCGAGGCCGUCAUGCAGGAAAUCCUACGCCUCAAUAAAGGCCCCAGCAAGAAUGAUGAGUGUAUAAACAUGUACGAUGUUCGAUUAAGCGACGCCUACCCGAGUUGCGGCAUGAACUGGCCUCCAGAUCUCGACUUUGUGAAGCCAUACCUCCGCCGCGACGACGUACGGGCCGCUUUGCACGUCAACGCCGACAAAAAAACCGGCUGGGUAGAGUGCAAUAAUCAAGUUGGCAGUGCAUUCACUGCGCGCAAUAGUAUUCCCAGUGUCCAUUUGCUGCCCGACUUACUCGCAAAAAUGCCGAUACUCCUCUUCUCUGGCGACAAGGACUUGAUCUGCAACCAUAUUGGAACGGAGAACCUGAUCAACCGCAUCGAAUUUAACGGCGGGAAAGGAAUGGAGAUUUCCACGGGGAUGACUGCGCCAAAACAGGAUUGGACCUUCGAGGGCGAGGCCGCGGGUCAGUAUCAGACCGCGCGAAAUCUCACCUACCUGAAAUUUUACAACAGCAGCCAUAUGGUACCUUUCGACUACCCACGAAGGAGCAGAGACAUGCUGGACCGUUUCAUGGGCGUGGACAUUGGAAGCAUUGGCGGCAACCCUCAAGACAGUCGAAUURAUGGCGAGAAAGGAAUCGAGACGAGCGUCGGAGGGCACCCAAAUUCCACAGCCGCACAGGAGAAGGAUGCGGAAGCCGUGCAGGCUGCAGCCUGGGCUGCAUACCGGAGGAGCGGAGAGGUAGCUCUUGUCUUUGUCAUUAUCGCGGCUGUGGUGUGGGGCAUCGUGAUAAUCAGGCAGAGGAGUCGAAGGAAGGAUUAUAAGAGUGUAUUGGCAAUGGAGCCUUAUGAGGAUGGACGAGGGUUGGGAUUGAAUGGUGCGAACAGAAAGGUGGAGAGGGAUGUAGAGGCUGCGAGAGAUUUCGAUGAGGCGGAGCUGGACGACCUUGAGCCAGGGAGUGGGAAACGAAGGGAGGGCGGACUGGAAAGCGAGCCAUUCCAACUUGAUGAUGACGACGAGGAUGAUAACUAUCAUCCUCGAGUAAAUAGCCAUGGGCGAGGGUAG